GCUCGAGCGACGAGGAGGGCUCGGCGUCACGCGGUGCCGAUCAUUGUCUCCCUCACACUUUCUAACGAGCCAUUUCACAACAUCCACACGACGGACCUUGCCACGCAGCAGCAGCAGCAGCAGCAGCCCCCGCCACCCCCGCCGCCUCCUUUCCACGCAAACAAUUUGGAUUAAACGCGCCGAUGUGGGACUUGCUGUCACUUGGUGUUUUUUUUUUUUUUUUUUUUUACCCAUCGCCUGACGCGAUUCUCGUAGGUUCGGAUGCACCCCCAACUCCGAAAGAGCACUUUUUCUUUGCACGCGGGGCGUCAUGUGCACCUUGGAGCAUUUGACGCGCGCGGCGCCGUCCAGAGAGUCCGAUUUGGGAUUACAUUGACCCCCCUCCACGGCUGACCGCCUUUAUUGACUUGAAGCAAGAGAGGAGGGGGGGGGGGGUCGCUUCCCGCUUCACGGUUCCCGGUUCCCGGUUCGGCCGUCCUUCGAGCUCCCGCGGGACUCCAUGCAGUCGCAAAGGCAGAGGAGUGAAGGGCGACCCCGAGCUGGAUGGAUGGUUAUGGGGAAGAGAGGCAGACCUUCGGCGAUUGAAGUGUGCAGAGUCUUCGUCCUCUUUUUGUCGCUCUUGCCCUCAGUGACUCUGCAGUGCAAGAUCCUCAUGUGCAACUCUGAAUUUUGGGCCUCCACGACGAACUCUGGGCCGGAGGAGGAGUUCUGCACGGCGCUGCGCGCCUACAACGGCUGCGUGCGGCGCACCGCCCGCACCUGCCGAGGCGACCUGGCGUACCACUCGGCCCAGCAUGGCAUCGAGGACCUGAUGAGCCAACACAACUGCUCCAAGGAGGGACCCACGUCGCAGCCGCGCGGCCGCACGCCGCUCCCGCCCGCGUUGCCGCCGCCGCCGCCGCCCGACAGCCAGGAGCGCUCGGACGGCCCGGAGGUUUGCCACUACGAGCGCGGUUUCCCGCGCAACGCCGCGCAGCCCAACUUCACGCACUGCGGCUUCUUCGGAGACCCUCACCUGAGAACCUUUGGCGACGACUUCCAGACGUGUAAGGUGGAGGGCGCCUGGCCGCUCAUUCACAACAAAUACCUGUCGGUCCAGGUGACCAACACCCCGGUGCUACCCGGAUCUUCUGCCACCGCUACGAGCAAGCUAACAAUCAUCUUCAAGAACUUCCAGGAGUGCGUGGACCAGAAGAUGUAUCACGCCGAGACGGACGAGCUCCCCGCCGCCUUCGCCGACGGCUCCAAGAACGGCGGCGAGCGCCACGGCGCCAACGCCCUGCGCGUCGUCGAAAAAGUGCCCGGCCAGCACGUGGAGAUUCAGGCUCGCUACAUCGGCACCACCGUGGUGGUCCGGCAGGUGGGCCGCUACUUGACCUUCGCCGUGCGCAUGCCCGAGGAGGUGGUGCGCUCGGUGGAGGACGACGACGACGACGACGACAACCAGGACUUGUACCUGUGCCUGCACGGCUGCCCGGCCAAUCAGCGCAUCGAUUUCCAAAAGGCGCGCGGCCAAGCCGCAAGCGGAACCCGCAGGUUCUCCUACCAGUCGGCCAAAGCCAAGUGCAAGGAGCGUCUGCCCGUGGAGGAUCUCUACUUCCACUCGUGCGUCUUUGACCUCCUGUCGUCCGGGGACGUCGACUUCACCAUGGCCGCCUACUACGCCCUGGAGGACGUGAAGACGCUGCACUCCAAUAGCAAGCGCCAUCACAUCUUCGAGAAGAACGCCUACUCCGGUUGCGCCGCGACGCACGGGGCGGCCAAACGCUUCCUGCUCAACCUCCUCCUGGCCGUCCUCUUGUGCCGCGCGCUUGCGCUUUAGCCACUCCAACGUAGUCCUCGUUCUCACCGCGGUCUCGUUUGUAGAUUUUCCGACAUAUUUCCGCAACGUUGGAAUUCCGGAAUUUUAGCGACUGUCGCCGUAUGCUCACGUUUUCUUCACGAGGCUCGGGAAUGUACGCCCGGGAUGAACUGGACUGCAGUCCACGGGGGACCUUUGAUGGAUUUCUGGCUAUCCUCCAUCGAACCCAAGUCCCCCCCCCCCCGAAAAGGACAAACGGAGUCAAAGUCAUUUUUGUCACAGGCCUCAUCGUAGUUUUGGUACCCCCCCCCCCUAUCGGACCGCUACGACUGUGAAACCGGAUCCAUGUUUAAUGGCCGCAUCAUAUCACAUAUGAUGAACCGGAUGUUAUCAAGGCGAUACGUUGCGCACCUGCACUCGAUCGGUCAAAUCCGCGGUUCCGGAUAGACCAUGUAAAAUAUUUUUGGGAGAUAUUUCACCCCCUCCCACAAACUUUGAGCGUAUGUAAAGAUGGAAUGGGAGACUUUUGCGUGACAUCACUUUGAAUGAAAGGCAAAAGCAAGCUCGAAUUGAAAUUUUCAAAAAAAAAACACAAGUAACGGCAGAUGUUGGCAAGUCAAUAUUUAAGUAACCGACGAUUUUUCAAUUCACGUUGAUGUUAAGGGAAUUUUGUGGAGAAAGAGGAGAAAAAUUGCUUUUUUUUGGACUACCUAUAAUGUUGUGGAGUGCCCCAGGGCUUUGUGUUUGGCACCCCUUGUGUUUAGGCCACAAAUAUAAAAUGAACAUCUCUUUUUAGCGGCGGGUCAAUGACAAAAUGACAUGUACGGCAGCGGACGUCACUAUUUGAGGAGAUGCAUCGUGUAGCAUCACCAAGUGAUUUGAGGACUUGAGUCUUUGCCAAAGAAACAAGCUUGUGUGCCAACAUCUUUGCAACUACGGAGAACAACCCGAGAGUAUUUUGAAAGUGACACUCUUUCGCAAGCAUUUAGUCCCCAUUUCAACAUGAGCUCUCAAUUGUGCUCUUACUCAUCUUUGUUUGAUAUUAACACUGAAGUAUUUGUCACUGCUGCCUGACUUGUUUUUUUUUGUUUGUUUGUUUUGGGGUGCUUUGUCGACAGCAGUGACGCAAUUUAAGUGAUUGUAAUGUGGAAUCUGAAUCUUGUGUUUGUAGAUGUGGUUUGUAUUGUGACUUUUACAGUAGCUGAUGUGAUAUUGUAUAUAGUGAGUGUGUGUGUGUGUGUUAAUUUGACUAACUGUGAAUGUGAAAUAUUAGAUUUUUUUUUGCAGAUAUGAACAGCACACAAGACAGUUUUCAUUUUUUUGUGUUUUGUGCUGCUCAUGAUUGCCAAAUGAACGCACUUUAAGUUUUUAUCCAGCUCUUGUGUUGUUGUUGUUGUCGUUUGGAAUUUAAAAGGAAUAAAUAAUAAUAAUAAUAAAAACAGCCGGGAAAUGCCCAAAUAGAUCAAACUGUAUGUAUAAAAAAAAGUGGUGCCACACACACACCAUCUGUUUAUGUCAAUUAUUUAUUGAAUAAAAGAAAAAUGUGUUGUUCGUGA